AUGAAAGAGUUUGAAAAAUUGUGCUUGAUUUGUGAUUUGCAAGAAAAGGAAACCUGUAAAAUUGCUCGAUUUGUUAAAGGUUUGUCCAAAGUGAUAAGUAAGAAAGUAGAAGUGACUCACUAUGCCACUUUUAGUGAUGUUUGUAAACUUGCUUUGAAAUAUGAGGCACAAGCUAAGGAGGAAAAGGAGAAAGAGAAACCCAGAACUUCUUUUUCUUUCAAGGGUACUUCAAAAUUUACUCCUUUCAACUCUAAAGGGAGUACUUUUCAAAGUAGAGCCUUUUCAUCUAGUUCAUCCGGUUCUAAAUUUGAUAAGGGGAAAGAAAAACAAGUGAUUUCACCGAGUGAGCUUGCAACUAGGAGAAAAUGUUUUAAAUGGCAUGGGAGGGGUCAUAUUGCUAGUGAAUGUUAUAGUAUAACUGUUUUGACCGCCACUCAAUGUGCCAUAAUGGAUGAAGAAGAACAAAUGUAUAACUUUGUAGUGCAAGAAGAAUAUGGCUAUGUAGAAGAUGACAUUGAAGAAGAGAUAGAACCCGAGGUCGAUGGUGGAGCUCAAACGGAUGUUGUUUCAUCCGAAGUUGUGAGUAAGUUGAAACUUACCACUAGAGAUCGUGAUGUGCCUUAUAAGCUCAAUUGGUUGAAUGAUGGCAAUGGUAUUAGGGUGAAGAAGCAAGCUUUGGUAUCUUACUCUAUUGGCAAGUUUGAAGAUGAGAGAUGGUGCGACAUUCUUCCUAUGGAUGCUUAUCACUUGUUACUUGGAAGGCCAUGGCAAUUUGACCAUGAUUCGGAGCAUAAAGGCAAAUCUAAUGUAUAUCUUGUAACUACCAAAGAUGGUAGAAAAGUUAAAUUGCAUCCCCUACCCCCUAAAGUUGCUAAGAAAGACAAAGAAAAGAGCAAUUAUCUUGUAUCUUGUAAUGAGUUCCAGAAAAUCGUGGAAGAAAAUGGUGGGGGGUAUGCUUUGGUUGUAAGGACCAAACACGAGAAUGAGACUACUUGCAAUAACUCACCAUUUUUGGAUGAGUUGUUGGAAGGGUUCAAAGAUGUGUUCCCCAAUGAUUUGCCCAAGGGCCUCCCUCCAAUAAGGGGCAUUGAGCAUGCCAUUGACUUGAUUCCAGGAUCACCUUUACCCAACAAGGCUGCCUCUAGCUGUAAUCCGGAAGAGAGUAAGGAACUUGAAAGGCAAGUGAAUGGAUUGAUUGAAAGAGGCUAUGUGAGAGAGAGCCUUAGUCCUUGCGUGGUUCCUGCCCUCUUAGUACCAAAGAAAGAUAGUACUUGGAGAAUGUGUGUUGAUAGUCGUUCCAUUAACAACAUAACCAUCAAAUAUCGUUUUCCUAUGCCUCGUUUGCAAGAUAUGCUAGAUGAAUUGAGUAAAAACAAUGAAGAUCAUGUAAUUCAUUUGAGGAUGUUGUUUGAAAAAUUGAGGGAGAUGAAGUUGUAUGGCAAGCUUGAGAAAUGUGUAUUCACGACUCCUAGUGUUGUAUUCUUAGGAUACAUUGUAACAGGAGAGGUGGUGUAUGUAGAUCCGAAAAAAGUAAAGGCUGUGCAAUCAUGGUUGGUUCCAACCAAUGUGCAUGAAGUAAGAAGCUUCCAUGGACUAUCCUCCUUCUAUAGGCGGUUCAUCAAGAACUUCUCUACUAUCAUGGCUCCUAUCACCGAGUUAACUAAGAAAGGUGAGUUUAAGUGGGGUGAGAGUGCGCAAAAGGCCUUUGAGAAGGUCAAGCAUAUGCUUUGUAAUGCUCCCAUACUUGUACUUCCCGACUUUAAGAAAGUGUUUGAGGUGGAGUGUGAUGCGAGUGGGAUUGGGAUUGGUGCGGUUUGA